AAUCACGUAAAAUAUUAUUCUUCAAUAUGAAAGUAAUUGUUACUAUUGCAUAAUUAUCUUUUAUAAGCUAAGGAGCUAGAAAAUUUUGGAUAUGGCAGAAAUUUCGAAUUCCACUGUGUUUACAAACGAUGCAUCUUCUACUGGUGCUUCCGAUCUUCUUCAACAAGCGUUCCAGCAAGUUGUUGAUGAUGACGAUCAUGAUAAUGAGUUUGUCGCGUUUUUACAAAACGACGACAAUGAUUCUCAAACUAUACACUUGACUCCAGAACAAGCGGUAGCCUUAGGACUAACCUUCGAGGUAAACUCGAAUGAAGAGGUUAUAUAUCAACAGGAACAAGAUAAUACCACUUCAAACAUACCAGAGAAUGUUUCUGGAAAAGAUAACAUUAAUGUACAGGACCAAAAUUCAUUAUCUUCUCAGGAAUCUAUAACAAUCGAUCAGUUAAAUUAUCAACCUGAGGAAGUACAAAAGUCCAAUGAUACUGAAUUGAUUAAAACAGAGUGCAUUGAUUUCCAAGAAUGGCAUAUGCAAAAAGUUUCCCACACGGAACAACUUCAAGAUCAAAUAGUCGAAAACAAUAUAUCAUUAGAAGAAAUAAGUUUAAGUAGUCAAAAUAAUGAAGCUCAACAAAUAAUUGAACAUCAGAAUAAUAUAAUUCAACAAAGUUCGGGUACACAGACAAUAGUUCUAGAGCAGCCUAAAAUACAUGGAAUAAAAGCAGAUGUUACACAUGUAAAAAAUAUUCAUGAAAACAAUUUGCAAUAUACUAUUGAAGAAAAUAUAGCACAAAAUCAACAUAAUACAAUACCCAAUACCCAAGCGCAAAUCUUACAGAAACUACCAGUGAUUUUACCAUCUUCACAAUUUAUCAUAAAACCUGCACAAACUAUAUUGAAACCAGCUAAGAACAUUAGAUUACUUCAGAAUUCAAACAAAUUAAGUAACACAACUGUUAAUUCCAUUAAUGCAGUACAUUCACUUAAUACUAAUUCAAAUGCUAAUUCUGUAUUACUUUCAAAGGCUACAAUAUUAAACAAUUUGUCACCACAGAUAAUAAAAGCUACACCUAUAACAGCUCAAUUGUUAAAUACUAGUGGUAUAUCUGCACAAUUAUUAAACACUCAGCUGUUAACUAGUGCUUGUGAAAUACAGAACCAAUCUAUUGGUACACCACAUAUUUCAAAUACCACUGUAAACACCACAUCUGGAGCAACACAAAAUAUUGUUACUCCACAAAUACGUUUGUCUCCAAUUGUAAAAACAUCACAAUCUCUACAAAGGGGAAAUGUUCAACAACUUUUAACUCCAGUGCUAAAAGGUGCAUCGACUGUGCUUCCAAAAACUAAUCAUAUUCUUAAUAAUACCAGCGUGACUACAGCUAUUCCAGCACAAUUUUUAAAAUCAGUUCAAAUCCCCCCUCAGUUACUUAAAACAAGAGCUGCAAUUGGUAAGAAAACUACGGGAACAAUUGGAACAUCAAAAACUGCACCUAAUCCUGAUACACCAGUUUUGCUUCGGACAGCAUCGAUUGUUAAAGCUCAAGAUUUAAAAACAGUAACAACAAAUUCUGCAUCUAUUUUAAAAUCAACCCAAAUUUCUUCAACACCAAUAUCAAUUUUGAAACCUCAAGCAAAAAUUGCAUUUAACAACACAACUAAGCAAAAUGUUACUAUUGCAACUCAAAACGUUGCCAGUAUUUCAAACAAUUCACAAAAUAAUUCACAAAAAACACCUAUAACACAACAAAGUAGUACAUUUGAAUCUGCUAAGUCAGUUCAAAGUGAAGCUACCAAACAAAAACUUAAUCUUGUAGUAAAUGGCGCAAAUCUUAAAGUUAAUAAAAAAGCUAAAGGUACUGUUAAAUCUACAACAAUAGUAAAUGAAUCUACAGAUACAUCUAAGCCAUUAGGUUCUAGUGAAAACCCCAUACAAAUAGUUCAGCAAGGUCAAACGUUUCAUAGGUAUACAAAUAAUAUUAGAAUAAUAAUACAUACAAUGCAAUAUACUUAUCAAGUUCUUUCAUUUAAUAACAAUAAUAUUUAUUCCAGUAUACAACGCUUAACACCAACACAAUUAAAACAAAUUGCACAUGUUCUGCAACAACGUAGUCAAGAAGCAGCUACAUCAAAUGAAAGAGUAGUAUAUAGGGUUGUAUUUCCUGAAGAACUGGAUUUACAAAUUAGAAAUCCAGGAAAUAUAUUAAAAAAUCGUGGUGGAAAAAGAGGUAGACCAAAAAAAAGUGCUAUCAGACCUUCCUUACUUCCAUCUAAACCACCACCAAUUCCUGAUGAAGAACAGGAAGAAUUGAAGGAUGAAAGAAAGAAAGUUGUAGCUAGAACACGAUCUGGCAGACUUUCUCGACCUCCUAGACAUAUGGUUCGAGAUUAUAAACAUUUGCACCAUUCAGAUUUUCUACAACCUGAUUUAGAUGAUUCAGAUGGUGGUUAUAGCGAUUAUAACACCAAUAAUGAUAAACUUGAGGAAGAAGAAUCACCUAAAGAAUUAUUAACAGGGCUAGAAGUACCAAAAAGAAAAAUAUCAGAUCAUUUUAGAUGUCCUACAUGUAAUAAAAUAUAUUUAGGGCGUACUCGUAUGGCGAGACAUUUUGAGAUGCAUCCUGACCAUGGAAGUCCUGAACAACUACCUCCACCAACGCCUGAACCUGAAUUAAAACAAAAUGGGGGUCAAGAUCCUUUAAAACGAAAAGGAAAAAAGCGAGGUCCUUGGGCUUAUGUUACACCAGAGGCUAAGUCAGAAAGACGUCAAAUAAAGUUACGCGAAGCAAUUUCUGUAUGUGAAGAUCUUGAAAUAAUAAAAAUAGCUGCAAAACCGGUACUUAACGCACAAUCAUUAUUUGAUUUAUUAGUACUAAAGUCCGAAAAUAAUGUAAGGAACUUUUUGGGCGAAUUAAAACAAUUAAUGGAUAAAAUACGAGAAAAAACUAAAACAAUGUUGACUACUAUAAAUAAUGAUGAAGAAACAAACAAAGAUUUGAUUGAUAUCAGUGAAGAAUCACUUUGUGAUGCUUUAGGUCUCAAUCCAGGUUUAUAUAAGAUUAAUAAUGAAGCUCUAAAAAAGGUUGAUACUUCUAUUUGUACUACCUAUGAGAAUGAAGAGCCACCCCUUAAACGCCAGAAAACAGAUAAUUCUGAAGAUGGUAAAGAAAAUAUGGAAGAACGAAUGUCUAGCGGAUUUUCUGAAAGUUCAGAUCUCAGUGUCUCAGACUUUUUAAGUGAAAGAAGAGGUGACUCUGUGACAAAUCCUACUUGCCCAGAAGUGUUAUCAGCUUUAACAUUAAUGCGAAGAAAUCCUAGUCCUGUGAAUAAUGCAGAAAGUAACAAAUCUAGCAAUGUAUCGAAACUUUUAAUAUCAAAUCCAGAGAUUCAGAAUCAAAUUUCAGAUAAUCCUGGAUUCCAAAAAGUGGAUAUCACUUCGCCAAAAAUUUCAAGUUAUCAAAAAACGGAUUCUCAUAAAGAGAAUUUUACUAAAUUAGGGAACAGUUUAGGAUCGUCAAACUUUUGUAACAUUGAAGAUAAUUAUGACCAAUCUAAAAUAGGACAUAUGGAACAGGCUUUCAUAAAAUUAGAACCAACAGAACAGGGCUUUGUCAAAUUAGGAAAUGGAUCUAUGGAAACUUAUGUAAAACAAGAUGCUCAGAACUUUGAGAAAAUACAAAAUGGUUUGAAUAGCAUGGAGAGUGGAUCUCAGAACUUUAUUAAAGGAUUCCAAAAACUAGUUUCUAAAAUAAUUCCUAUAACUGUACCGGAUACAAAUUGUGUUAAAACACAAUCUGCACCAUUAGAUACAAAUUCUUGCAAAAUAAUGCCUGCUACUUCCAGUUGUAAGAUUUCAGAUAACCUACCUAUACUUCAAGAUACAGUACCAAUAAUUUCUAGUAAUUGUGAUACUGGUAUAUUUGAAAGUUCAGAAAAUUUAGAUAUAUCAAAAAUAGCUCAGUACGAUCACAUAGCACAUUUAGACAUUCUAAAUACAAGUGGAGUAAUAGAUAAAAACUUACUAAUUGAUGAAAAAUUAGUAGAGCAACUGCAUCUAGUAGAUCAGUCAAAUUUAGUUGAUGAGCUUGUAUCUGAACGAUUAAAAAAUAUUAUGCCAGAUAAUAUUUUAGAGAAUAAUUUGAUAUCAAAUAAUUCAAAUUUAGAUACUGAUCUUGAUUUUGAAGCAUUAAGUGAAGAAUUUAAUAGAAAUACCAGAAGCUGAUUCUUGAAUGAUUACAUGCAAGAUGUUCCUAAACAAAUUGAAGUAAUAUGUAUAGUGUAUAAUAAUAUCAAACGUAUAAUUGAAAUGUAUAUGUAUGAUUACACAAUUGUGUAGAUAUUUUUUUAUAGAAUUUCUGACAGUAUCACAAUCGAUAUAUUAUAACUUCCGUAUUUGAAUGAAGAGUAUCAAUAGUAAAGUAAUAUAAUGUCUUGUAUUCUAAUAUGUGUAUGUAAAUAAGACUGUUUCUGUUAUAUUUAUUGUGUAUAAUGUAUAUUUCACAUGGAAAAAGAUAGUGUCAUGUUGUAUUGACAAUGUUAAAAAAUGCAUUAAUGUUAUACAAAGAAAUUUUACUUUGUUGUAUUGUCUUCUACAAAUUUUUACUACAACAUAUAGAUACAUUUUAUUUUUAGUAAACGGUCUUUAUAAUCAUACACAUAGUGCAACUAAUACUUUCAGUUUAAGUUUACUUUCUUGAAAGAAGAUAAUUCAGAUAAGAAAGAAGAUAAGAAAUUGAAAUUACCAAGGUUAUAUAUUAAACAACGUGAAACAAAUAUAAAAAUUUUGUGUACAUAUAAUUUCUCAUAGUUGUUGGUUGUACAGUCUGACAGACAUAUAUUGUAAUUUCUUUUUAGUUAUAACAUUAUUAUAAACACAAAACAAAAAUGUUUAUGCACAAAUUAUUUUACGAUUUAAUUUUAACUUUCUAUAUCUAUUAUUAAAUAUUUAAUAGGAUAAUACCUGUAUUGAUAAACUGAUGAGUAAAAUAAAAAGUGUAUUUAUAUUA